CCCCUCCCCUCCCCAACGCCAGCCCCGCGUUCUUGCCCACGCGACGCUCGCGCGACAACAGCAGAGCUCACCACUGAGAGCCGCCCACUGAGAGCCGCAGCUCUGGACCCGGUUGUCGGCGCCUGCCUCUUGCUGCCUUCCUAGCACAGCAUGGCACCUUUUCGCUUCAACGUCUUCCACAUCCUCGGCGAUGUGUCGCACACGACGUCCAAGCUGAUCCUGAUAUGGGCCAUCCAUUCCAACAGCAGCGCCGAGGGCGUCUCGCUCAUCACCCAGGCCCUCUAUGCCCUCGUCUUCUGCGCGCGCUACCUGGACAUCUUCCACGUUUCGGCCACGGAGGACUGGGAGCACACAUGGAACUUCUCACUCAAGAUAUUCUACACACUCUCCUCCCUCUACAUCAUCUUCCUCAUGACCAGCGUGUACGCCCGCACCCGCGAGCGAGAAAAGGCGUGGAAGUUCGGCAUGUACACUCUGCUAGGUAGCGUCGUGGUUGCCCCAUUCUGGUUCCUGAUCUUCAAGAAGUGGAUCAUUGGGCCCAACACCUUCUUCAAGAUUCUCUGGGUCUUCUCCCAGAUCCUGGAAUCUGUCUGCGUCAUCCCCCAGCUGCUGCUUCUCCGCCAGACAACCGUGCCUACCGUGCUCGACUCGUUCUACCUUGUAGCGCUUGGCACCUACCGCUUCCUCUACAUUCUUAACUGGAUCGUGCGCUCGGCUACGGAGCCUAACUACGCGGACCCUACGUCGUGGGUGUGGGGGACCAUCCAGACAGCCCUCAUGAUUGACUUUGGGUGGGUGUACUGGACACGGCAGAGAGUGAAGCUUAGACGGGGCGGCGUCGUGGACUCCGAAGACUUAGGCCGUGGCUGGCUGGUAGGUCGGCUGGUGGGUCGGAAGAGUGUUGACUUUGACUUCGACGACGAGGAAGCCACUGCCGCUGCUGCCGCAACUAGGAACGGCCGUGCGGACAGUCAGCCGAAGAACCAGUGGGGCCGACAUGGCAUCUCAGUCUCCGCCGAUGAGGGUGUCCAAGGUGCACCGCGGCGGACCAGUCCAGGAAACGGGCCCGCGGAUCCCGAAUCGCAGCCUUUGGCCGACCCGGCCGCAUUCGAAGACGAGAGCGACGAUGGCCUCGAUGCGCCGCCCCACGCCGCAUUGUCGGCCCACGACAGUGGUGUGCGAGGCGACGAAUGGAAUGACGACAUCGACGAUGACGCACAGGAGCACAGCGGCGUUGCGAAAUAAGCCUGUCUUAGAUAUGUUGCCGGUAGAUGUGGGUGUGGGCGCUUGCUUCUUGAUUUUUUAUUGGCUUUGGCAUAUUUCUGUUUGGGAAGGAAGGCAUGAACGGGAUCAACACUGUACCGAUAGCACUUUUCGUGCAACUUGCAUCAAUACUUG